AUGAGUAAGCUUGUCAAACUGAAACAUCCAGCGGAAGGCGAGCUAGGCCGUUUUCCUGGAAACUUCUGGCUCUUCCGGAAGGCUGCAACCUCUUUCUGGGAGAAUCUCAGCCUGCUAGUGUUCAGGUUAGAGAAAGGCAGAAAAAGCGGCAGCAGCCAUCUCCUGGGCACCCUGCUGUACAAUAUGUUCACCCCUGGGUUGGUGGGAGAGAACACAGCCCUGGAUGUUGGCGUCCCAGAGGCACAGAUCUUUGGCCUGCUGGACCCCAAACUCUGCUACCUGCUGGAUGGGAUCCUCUUCAUCUAUGGUCUGAUCAUCACUGCCCUUUUCCUGAGAGCCAAGUUCAGCCGCAAUGCAGGCGUACCCAUGGACCCGCAAAGCCAGAACCUGGUAUACAACGAGCUCAACCUAGGACGAAGAGAGGAGUACGAUGUUCUGGACAAGAGGCGUGGCCGGGAUCCUGAGAUGGGAGGGAAACAGCAGAGGAGGAAGAACCCGCAGGAAGCCGUGUACAACGCCCUGCAGAAAGACAAGAUGGCGGAAGCUUACAGCGAGAUUGGGAAGAAGGCAGAGAACCAGCGGCGGAGAGGCAAAGGAAACGAUGGCCUUUACCAGGGGCUCAGCACAGCUACCAAGGACACCUAUGAUGCCCUCCACAUGCAGGCCCUGCCCCCUCGCUAA